ACCCCAUUGAGUCAGCCAGCCCAGCAGAGCUGCACCUUCAACCCGCCCAGCAAAGGAGCUACUCCCCGCCCAGCCCCCUCGAAAAGAGGCCUAAGAAGCACAGGGCUGGCUUUUUUUGUUUGUUUGGCUGGUGCAGCAAAGGGAACUUGGUCCUGUGGGUCUCCUCCCCCGCUGGCAACUCUCCUCCCAAUCGCUUUCAACUUCCCUGUCUUGGGAGGAAAUUUUGUCCUCCACCUUCCUGGUUUAUCAGAUCGUGGCAAAAAAAAAAAAAAAAAAAAACCAAAAAACCCCCCACCAUCCCACACACCCUGGCUGUUAAGGCAGCAGGCAAAGACUGAGAGGAGGAUCCCAGGCCGGAGGGGGGCCAGGUGUGGCUGGGAGAGAUGGGGACGGCGGAGGAAGACUAUAACUUUGUCUUUAAGGUGGUCCUGAUUGGAGAGUCCGGCGUGGGGAAGACCAAUCUGCUCUCGCGCUUCACCCGCAAUGAAUUCAACCACGACAGCCGCACCACCAUCGGCGUGGAGUUCUCCACCCGCACCGUCAUGGUGGGCAACGCCAUGGUGAAGGCACAGAUCUGGGACACGGCCGGGCUGGAGCGCUACCGUGCCAUCACCUCAGCGUAUUACAGGGGAGCAGUGGGCGCCCUCCUGGUUUUCGACAUCACCAAGCACCAGACCUACGACGUGGUGGAGCGCUGGCUGAAGGAGCUGUACGACCACGCCGAGGCCACCAUCAUCGUCAUGCUGGUGGGCAACAAGACAGACUUAGCCCAGGCCCGCGAGGUGCCGACCGAGGAGGCCAAGAUGUUUGCAGAAAACAAUGGGCUGCUGUUCAUCGAGACGUCGGCGCUGGACUCCACGAACGUCGAGCAGGCCUUCGAGACCAUACUGAGAGGCAUUUUCAGCAAAGUGCAGAAGCAACAACAGCGAAGCCCCCAGGACAACGCGGUGUCGCUCUCCAGCGAGAACUCCCGCGGCGCGUCCCAGAGCCCGGAGGAGAAGCGAGCGUGCUGCGUGAGCCUCUGAGAGCUGGCCCGGGCGUCGCCGUGGAGGCACGAGCCCCUCCAUCCGCUCUGCUUUCUGACCGGGGGAAUGUCCGUCCCCUCCCUCAACGCCCCGUAACUGCACCGAGCCAGGCCGGGGCUGGGCGACGGAAACACGGCUGCAAUUGAGCGGUCCCUUUGCCCCCUCUCAUGUGCCCCUCGGCAAAGCCGUUACCCACCCCCCACACAGCAGCACUAGAGAAGGGGAUGCUGCCUACCCAGACCUCUGCCCCCUGGUGUCUGCCAAGCCACGGCCGGGGGAAUCGUGGCGGGGGGGCUGGCCAAACUUCCCCCCUAGCAGAGGGGGAGUCAGCCAUAGGAACACGCCCAUCUGUCUUAGUUACCUGAUCCCAUUACCACAGUGUCUGAGCAUCUUUUUAAUGUAUUUAUCCUCACAAACCUCUGUGGGAUAGGGCAGUGCUAUUAUCCCCACUGUACAGAUGGGGAAACUGAGGCACAGGGAGACCAGGUGACAUGCCCAGGGUCAAACAGGGCAUCUGUGGCAGAGCUAGGAAUUGAACCUGGGUCUCCCAAGUUCCAGGCUAGCGCCAUAACCACUGGGCAGUCCUUCCUCUCUUCCUGCAACCAUGAGGUUUCAAGGAAGGAAUUUAAAUAUCAUCAAUAUAUUGGUCUGAUCCUGCCAUUGGAUCCACGCGCUCAGAAUCUGGCCUCAACGCCACUCAGCUCAGUGGGGCUUGCUCCAAAUUCACACAGCUGCAUCGGAGGUCAGAAUCCGGCCCUCCCUGUCGAAGUCAGUGGAGGGUGUGGCCACAUGGCUCCAAUUCCAGGAUCGGAGCCACGAUUUUUGCCCAGAUGCUGCCACUUUAAACACCCCGUCCAUUUCACUGUCUCCCAUAACCUGGUCAUUCGCCAAGUGGCAUGCAUACAACACCGCUGUCCUAGCCCCUGGGUACAGAAUCUCUUUCUCCGAAUAGACAGCCUCUGUAAAAAUAUGACUCUGCCCUAUACAGAAUGGCAAUACAGGAGUGGAGAGAGAGAAAGCAGACAUCUCUAGUUCUGGGGCGUGGGUUGCCUAAUUAGCCUUACCUUGUGCGGCAGCCUUGCUUGAAGGUCUGAGGUCUUAGAGACGGGAGGGAGGAACUCUGUUAAAAUAACUCAGUGAAGGGCUUGGGUUUCAGAGGGGCUGACCGUGCCUUGCUCUGGUAGACUCCAGCUGGAAUGGUGACUACCUCACCAAAUCAUCCCUUCCGUCAAUAUACACCGAACACGGGUCUCCUAACUUCUGGCUACUAAGGACUUGACCCAAAGCCCCUUGAUGUCACCAAAGUUCUCCCCAUGGAGUCCAAUGGGCAUUGGAUCCAGUUUAUAGAGAAGGAAGUUGCGGGGGGUGGGGAGGAGGGGCGGGGGGGGGGGGGGAGGUUGCCCAUAAUUAAUGAGUUAAACGUCUGAGCUCUUUACGGGACCGGGACUGGAUUGUGAUCUCUGGGCAACCUUGGGAAGCUGGAGUCGUGCUGACUUCAGUGGAACAAAUCCACAGACACCAGAAUCUGGCCCUAACGUCACUGAAGUCAGUGGGCCACGUCUCAGCCGGUGUAAACUGGCAAAACUCCGCCCAAGUUAUGCCGAUAUACACCAGCCCAGUGGGUUGACUCUGGCUGUAUGCGCCAAUGUAUCCGAGAUCAGACUCUGCCCACCACCGGUGGAGUUAAUGGGGUGACUCUGGAUUUGCACGGAUGUAUCUGAGAUCAGAAUCUGGCCCAGUUCCACUGGAGCGACUCAAUUCGCAAACGUGUAUCUGGGAUCAGAAUUUGGCCAAUUGGAGUCUGGGGAG